GUCCCUCCCGGACAGGCCCCGGGGCCGCGGCCGAGACGACGACCACUGCAGCCCGCCCACGGGACCCUGACGGACACAUCUCGCCCCAUCACCACCCCCACGAUGAGCGGCGAGGACAACCCAGCUAGCACGCCGACCCCCAUGCAGGAUGUGCAGGGUGACGGGCGCUGGAUGUCCCUCCACCACCGUUUCGUGGCGGACAGCAAAGACAAGGAACCGGAGGUCGUGUUCAUCGGAGAUUCCCUGGUGCAGCUGCUGCAUCAGUGUGAGCUGUGGCGGCAGCUCUUUUCCCCCCUGCACGCACUCAACUUUGGGAUCGGGGGCGAUGCCACCCACCACGUGCUGUGGCGGCUGGAGAACGGCGAACUGGAGCACAUCCGGCCCAAGAUUGUGGUGGUCUGGGUGGGCACCAACAACCACGGGCACACGGCGGAGCAGGUGGCCGGCGGCAUCCAGGCCAUCGUGCACCUGCUGAAUAAGAGGCAGCCUCAGGCCCGGGUCGUAGUGCUGGGCCUGCUCCCACGGGGCCAACACCCCAACCCGCUGCGGGAGAAGAACAGGCAGGUGAACGUGCUGGUUCGGGAGGCCCUGGCCGGGCAGCCCGGGGCGCACUUCCUGGACGCCGACCCCGGCUUCGUGCACUCGGACGGCACCAUCAGCCACCACGACAUGUACGACUACCUCCACCUCAGCCGGCUGGGCUACGCGCCCAUCUGCAAGGCCCUGCACGCCUUGCUCCUCAGCCUGCUGGGGCCGGACCAGGGCCCCCAGCCCCAGCCCUGAACCCCCGCCCGCCUCCCCGCUUCCUUCACCCCAAUAAACUUCCUC